AUUGAUGGACACUGAUAAGGCACCCUUGAAAAUUAUGGACAGUCCCGAGGCGCCCUUCAAAAUUAUGGACAGUCCCGAGGCGCCCUUCAAAAUUAUGGACAGUCCCGAGGCGCCCUUCAAAAUUAUGGACAGUCCCGAGGCGCCCUGCAAAAUUAUGGACAUCCCCGAGGCGCCCUUCAAAAUUAUGGACAGUCCCAAGGCGCCCUUCAAAAUUAUGGACAGUCCCGAGGCGCCCUGCAAAAUUAUGGACAUCCCCGAGGCGCCCUUCAAAAUUAUGGACAGUCCCGAGGCGCCCUUCAAAAUUAUGGACAGUCCCGAGGCGCCCUUCAAAAUUAUGGACAGUCCCGAGGCGCCCUUCAAAAUUAUGGACAGUCCCGAGGCGCCCUUCAAAAUUAUGGACAGUCCCGAGGCGCCCUUCAAAAUUAUGGACAGUCCCGAGGCGCCCUUCAAAAUUAUGGACAGUCCCGAGGAGCCCUUCAAAAUUAUGGACAGUCCCGAGGCGCCCUUCAAAAUUAUGGACAGUCCCGAGGCGCCCUUCAAA